AGAAAGAAAACGAAAGUAAGAUUCAUCGCACCCAACACAGCAUCAACGAGGCAUCAACGAGGCAACAGCGUGCAACGCAGUCCAGCGCUUCCGGGAUUUACACGGCUUCCGAUUGCUACGGAGUCGCAAGUGUGGUAGCACCGUGCGGCAGCAAGUGCGCGCCACCCAGUACAGCAAGAAUAACAACAGCACCCGCAGCGGCGUGUUCCGUAGGAGCGGCCUGUAUAACAGUUUUUUCUUCUCUUGCUUUCUUUGUUUGACUCGCCUAGCACCGUCGCUGCGUCUGCUUCGCCGAUGUCUGCAGAGGUGGACCGUGAAGCCUUUAUGCGCCUAAUGGGCCUGACGGCGGCUGACGUUGCCGACCCGGAUGGCGUACCCCAACGCACGCCUUCUCGCACGGACGCCUCUUCCUCCUCUUCCACAGAGGCAACGGCGGCGGCCGCCAUGGCCCAUCGCCAUGGCCCCGCAUCCAAGGUUAGCUCCUCCCUGACGUCCUCAGCUGAGGGACUGUCGCAGUCGGCGUCUCUUCGCGGCGAGGCCGACCUCCUCUUCAACUCCUACUCGAACGGCAAAUCGAGCUUGAGGGUCGCGGAUGGCGACACGCGGCUCAACAGCACCUUCACACCCUCGACGGAGCGCCGCGCUGCACCGCUGAAGCAGUCCGCACGCACCGUUUCCUUCGACACCCCACCGCACCGCGCCCCCACCGCUGCUCCCGCAUCGAUGCCGCCACGUCCGGCCUCGACGGCGGAGACGCUGAAAGAGGAGGGCAAUCGCGCCUUCGAGGCCGGACUCUUCCUGCAGGCUGUUCAGCGCUACUCAGCGGCCAUCGAGGCUCUCGGUCAGAGCGGCGCUGUGGAUGGCGGUGGUGACAGCAGCAGCAGCGGCAGUGCCACGUGUUCUGCGCAGGUGGAGCUACUGGCGGCGCUGCACAGCAACCGCUCCGCCGCCUACUUGCAAGCCGUCCGACAGUGGGGCAGUGCGGAGGAGGCCUACGGACGUGCGCUGUGCGACGCGGACCGGGCGGUGGCGCUGCGGCCCUCGUGGUUCAAGGGGUACGCCCGCCAGGGAGAUGCGUACUUCAAGCUGCGCCGCUACGGCCCGGCGGCGGAGGCGUACGAGAUGGCCCUGCAGCUCGACCCGCGCAACGCCACGUUGGCCAACGCCCUUGCCGAGACCCGACUGCGCGCGAAGCAGGCGGCGCGGGAGGAGUUGGAAAUGCGCCGCUCGAUGCGAGCCACGGGGAGCUCACGCGUGUCGAGCAUGGGAUCGACCGAGAGGGACUUGGAUGGGACGAAGCUGUCGGACAGUGCCGGCCGCACACAGGAGACCGGUGCUCGCCGUCUCAGCGGGCAGACGCAGCAGCUCUGGCAAGACCUGAAGCACGAGGUGGAGGUGACAACGCACGCACCGACGGGCGACGCGUACCGCUUGCAGCAGCUCGAGCGAUUUCGAAGCCAUGGCGGCGCAGCGAGGCCGGAGCAGGAGAGCGGACCCCUCCCUGGGCCGGCGUCUACGCGUGAUGGUCAUCCUCCUCCUCGACCCACCGUCACACGUACCCCGUCGCCAAACGAGAAGACGACGUCGUCUACCUCCCGCCGUCGUGAGGACCGGGCAGCGAUAUCGGCCGCCGCUUCUGUGGACUCGGCGUCUUCCUCGGCCCCGGUGCCGCCUCCGCGCAGGUCGGCGAACAACUCCCCGACCGCGGGCGGCAUUCCGGCCGCCGUGGCCAACUUCGGUGGCCCGGUGACGAGUGCGCGCGAUGUGCCGUACGAGUUCUCCAGCGCGGCGGCCGCCGCCUACCAGGAGAAGCUCUUAGAUAAUUUUCGCCAACGUAAGGCCCAGAGGUCGUGA